GAUUAAAGUCCAGUUACAAAAAUGGGGCCAAAUCGGAAACUUGCCGGAAAAAGGAAAAAAAAAGCUCGUAACUUGUUGAUAACCGGAGCAAGAAAGGCAGAGCGAAACCGGCGACGGAAGAAUCCGGUUUCCGUCCGGAUCUUAACUUUACAGUAUAAGUAAAGUUUGUAAUCAGUCCAGAUUGUGUUUUUCGUUCUCUAACAAUUCCAUCUCUUCACCGAUCACAACGUAACAGGGUCAAUCACGAAUCCCUUUGUUUUGAACCCUAAUUUAUUUGAUACAAGAGUGAGUCUCUUAGCAUCGCCGUAAUAAACGAAGGAGAAGUGAUCGGAGGUCGAAUAUGCAGAAAGUUUCAGCCGCAGAUGAACUCGAAACUAAACUUGGAUUUGGGCUCUUCUCCCAAGGGGAAACGCGCCUCGGGUGGCUACUCACAUUUGCAUCAUCAUCUUGGGAAGAUGCCGAUACUGGGAAAACCUUUAGUUGUGUGGACCUUUUCUUUGUCACUCAGGACGGCUCUUCUUUUAAGACUAAGUACAAGUUCCGCCCUUACUUGUAUGCCGCCACCAAAGACAAUAUGGAACUGGAAGUUGAAGCCUACUUGAGACGCCGAUAUCAAACACAAGUUGCUGAUAUUCAGAUUGUUCACAAAGAAGAUCUUGAUCUUAAAAAUCAUCUAUCUGGCCUGCAAAAAAAAUAUCUCAAAGUAUCAUUUGACACUGUGCAACAAUUGGUGGAAGUCAAGAGGGAUCUGUUGCAUAUUGUCGAACGAAACCUCGCAAAAUUUGAUGCAUUUGAAGCAUACGAAUCCAUAUUGGCUGGAAAACGAGAACAACGUCCUCAAGACUGCUUAGACUCUGUGGUGGACCUCCGCGAGUACGAUGUUCCUUAUCAUGUCCGAUUUGCAAUUGAUAAUGAUGUGCGUAGUGGGCAAUGGUACAAUGUCAGUAUUUCCAGCACUGAUGUCAUACUAGAGAAGAGGACGGAUCUUCUCCAACGCGCAGAAGUUCGCGUUUGUGCAUUCGAUAUAGAGACAGUAAAGCUUCCAUUGAAGUUCCCGGAUGCUGAAUAUGAUCAAAUUAUGAUGAUAUCCUACAUGGUUGAUGGGCAAGGUUUUCUAAUUACUAACAGAGAGUGUGUUGGCAAAGACAUAGAAGAUCUGGAAUAUACACCCAAACCAGAGUUUGAAGGGUAUUUCAAAGUCACGAAUGUUAACAACGAGGUUGAACUCCUCCGAAAAUGGUUUUCUCAUAUGCAAGAGUUGAAACCUGGUAUUUAUGUUACAUACAACGGUGACUUUUUUGACUGGCCAUUUAUAGAACGGAGAGCAUCUCAUCAUGGGAUCAAAAUGAACGAGGAGUUAGGAUUCCGUUGUGAUCAUAAUCAAGGUGAAUGUCGAGCUAAGUUUGUGUGCCAUUUGGAUUGUUUUUCUUGGGUGAAACGUGACAGCUAUCUUCCUCAGGGAAGCCAGGGUCUGAAGGCUGUUACAAAGGCAAAACUGGGUUACGAUCCACUGGAAGUGAAUCCUGAGGACAUGGUUCGGUUUGCAAUGGAAAAGCCACAGACAAUGGCCUCCUACUCUGUCUCUGAUGCUGUUGCAACUUACUACCUAUACAUGACAUAUGUCCAUCCGUUCGUUUUUUCUCUCGCAACUAUCAUUCCAAUGGUCCCUGAUGAGGUUUUACGCAAAGGGAGUGGCACCCUUUGUGAAAUGCUUUUGAUGGUUGAGGCUUACAAGGCAAAUGUUGUAUGUCCCAACAAAAAUCAAGCUGACCCUGAGAAGUUCUACCAAGGUAAACUUCUUGAAAGCGAGACAUAUAUUGGUGGCCAUGUAGAGUGCCUCCAAAGUGGUGUUUUCAGAUCUGACAUUCCAACCAGUUUUAAGCUCGAUGCAUCUGCAUACCAGCAACUGAUCGAUAACCUUGGUCGGGAUCUGGAAUAUGCUAUCACUGUUGAAGGAAAAAUGAAAAUGGAUUCAAUUUCCAAUUAUGAUGAAGUAGAGGAUGUAAUCAGGGAAAAGCUCGAGAAGUUACGGGAUGAUCCUAUACGUGAAGAGGGGCCUCUUAUUUAUCACCUUGAUGUCGCGGCGAUGUAUCCAAAUAUCAUCUUAACAAACAGGCUUCAGCCACCAUCAAUAGUUACGGAUGAGGUUUGCACAGCAUGUGAUUUCAACGGCCCGGAAAAGACCUGUCUUAGAAAACUUGAAUGGGUUUGGCGUGGGGUGACGUUCAAGGGAAAUAAAAGUGAAUAUUACCAUCUGAAGAAGCAGAUUGAGUCUGAAUCUGUUGAUGCUGGUGCAAAUAUGCAGUCUUCAAAACCUUUUCUUGAUCUGCCAAAGGUGGAACAACAAUCCAAAUUAAAAGAACGACUGAAAAAAUACUGUCAAAAGGCAUAUAGCCGAGUACUUGACAAGCCAUUCACUGAAGUUCGCGAGGCUGGGAUAUGCAUGAGAGAAAACCCGUUCUAUGUGGACACUGUGCGUAGCUUUCGAGAUAGGAGGUAUGAAUACAAAACACUUAACAAGGUCUGGAAGGGAAAGUUGUCAGAGGCCAAGGCAAGUGGCAAUUCAAUCAAGAUCCAGGAAGCACAUGACAUGGUAGUGGUUUACGAUUCCUUGCAGCUAGCUCAUAAGUGUAUACUUAAUUCCUUUUAUGGAUAUGUCAUGCGAAAGGGCGCAAGAUGGUACUCCAUGGAAAUGGCUGGUGUAGUUACUUAUACUGGAGCCAAAAUCAUCCAGAAUGCUCGUUUGCUUAUUGAGCGAAUUGGGAAACCACUUGAGCUGGAUACAGAUGGUAUAUGGUGUGCUCUCCCUGGAUCUUUUCCUGAGAACUUUACUUUUAAAACGAUAGAUAUGAAGAAAUUCACCAUCUCGUAUCCGUGUGUAAUACUUAAUGUUGAUGUGGCGAAGAAUAAUUCAAAUGACCAAUAUCAGACUCUAGUAGAUCCUGUACGAAAGACAUAUAAUUCACAUAGCGAAUGCUCAAUUGAAUUUGAAGUGGAUGGACCGUACAAGGCAAUGAUUAUUCCUGCAUCCAAGGAAGAGGGAAUCUUAAUUAAGAAGCGGUAUGCUGUUUUCAAUCAUGACGGAACCAUAGCAGAACUCAAGGGGUUUGAGAUGAAGCGUAGAGGAGAGCUGAAACUCAUUAAAGUUUUCCAGGCCGAGCUAUUUGACAAAUUUCUGCAUGGAUCAACCCUUGAAGAGUGUUAUUCUGCUGUUGCAGCUGUUGCAGAUCGUUGGCUUGACCUACUCGAGGGUCAAGGAAAAUAUAUUGCCGAUAGUGAAUUGCUAGAUUAUAUAUCAGAAUCAAGCACUAUGAGCAAAUCGUUAGCAGAUUAUGGUCAACAAAAGUCAUGUGCAGUGACCACAGCAAAACGCCUGGCUGAUUUUCUUGGUGAUACAAUGGUCAAAGAUAAAGGACUGCGCUGCCAAUACAUCGUUGCUCGUGAACCAGAGGAAGCUCUCUUGGUUAGGAACGCUGCUGAUAUUUACAUGAUCUCUUAUUCAAGAAUGUUGCUCACGUCUCAGUAUUUUACUGGGACACCUGUAAGUGAACGUGCUGUCCCUGUUGCCAUAUUUAAAACGGAUGAUCCUGAAAAAAAGUUUUAUCUGCAAAAAUGGUGCAAGAUAUCAUCAUAUACUGGAAUCCGUUCAAUUAUUGACUGGAGGUAUUACAAGCAGCGUCUUCAUUCAGCUAUUCAAAAAGUUAUUACCAUUCCUGCUGCAAUGCAGAAGGUGGCAAAUCCUGUACUUAGGGUGCGUCAUCCUAAUUGGCUCGAGAAAAAGGUCUCUGACAAAUUUCGUCAGGGAAAAAUAGUUGAUAUGUUUAGCUCAGCAAACAAAGAUGGUGUCUUGGACAAAAAUCAUUCGACAACUCAAGAUAAUGUACUGGCGGAUAUUGAAGAUUUUUGCAAAGAAAACAGACCUUCCGUAAAAGGGCCAAAGCCAGUUGCGCAUUCAUAUGAAGUCGAUAGAAAUCACUCUGAGGGUAAGCAGCAAGAGAGUUGGGAUCCAGAGUUCCAUGAUAUCUCAUUUCAGAACGUUGACAAGAAUGUAGAUUACCAAGGAUGGCUUGAACUGGAAAAAAGAAAAUGGAAAAUGACUCUAAAGAAUAAGAAAAAAAGAAGGUUUGAUGAUCUAAAGCCUUGUAAUCAGAUUGAUGCUCACAAGAUAAAUAAAAAAGUCUGUAAGGGAAGAGCAGGUGUAGGCUCAUACUUUAGGAGGCCUGAAGAAGCUUUGACUAGUUCCUAUUUGCAGAUAAUACAGUUGGUCCAAAGUCCACAGAGCGGGCAAUUUUUUGCUUGGGUUGUUGUGGAAGGAUUGAUGCUUAAGAUCCCAUUGACGAUCCCAAGGGUGUUUUACAUUAAUUCCAAAGCUUCUAUAGCUGGAAACUUCACGGGAAAGUGUAUCAACAAGAUUCUUCCUCAUGGAAAGCCUUGUUACAAUUUGAUGGAGGUCAAUAUUCAGGAAGAUCAAUUUAAAAAAGAAAGCAAAAAGCUUGCCGCUCUACUUGCAGACCCCGAAAUUGAGGGCAUAUAUGAAACUAAGAUGCCUCUGGAGUUUAGUGCUAUAUGUCAGAUUGGAUGUGUAUGCAAAAUUGAAGACACGGCCAAACACCGUAACACCCAAGAUGGAUGGAAACUUGGUGAACUUCACAGGAUAACUACAACUGAGUGUCGCUACUUGGAGAAUUCAAUUCCACUUGUUUGUUUGUAUCACAGCACCUCAACAGGUCGUGCUAUUUAUGUUUUAUAUUGUCAUGCUUUGAAGCGUAUGUCUGUUGUGGUAGUCAAUCCUUACGGUGACAAGGAAUUAUUAUCAUCUGCCCUAGAGAGACAGUUUAGAGAUAGUUGCCAAGAAUUGUCACUUGAGCCAUUUUCUUGGGAUGGUAUCCUUUUCCAGGUCGAGUAUGUUGACCAUCCAGAAGCUGCCAAGAAAAAUUUACAAAAAGCGCUCUGUGAAUACAGAGAAGAAAAUUGUGGACCAACUGUGGCAGUCAUUGAAUGCCCUGACUUUAACACCAUGAAGGAAGGUGUAAAGGCCCUGGACGAUUUCCCAUGUGUGAGGAUUCCCUUCAACGACGAUGACAAUAGUUAUCAGCCUGUCUCCUGGCAACGUCCAGCAGCAAAAAUAGCAGUGUUCCGUUGUGCUUCAGCAAUUCAGUGGUUGGAUCGGAGGAUUGCCCAGUCAAGAUACGCCCAUGUGCCUCUGGGGAAUUUUGGACGUGAUUGGUUAACGUUCACAGUAGAUAUCUUCCUGUCCAGGGCACUCCGUGACGAGCAACAGGUUCUUUGGGUCUCAGAUAAUGGUGUUCCAGACCUUGGAGAUAUAAACAAUGAAGAGACAUUUCUAGCUGAUGAGUUACAACAGACAAGUUUGCUAUUCCCUGGAGCGUACAGAAAAGUGUCUGUGGAGUUAAAGGUCCAUAGAUUAGCUGUUAAUGCCCUUCUGAAAAGUGACCUGGUGAGUGAAAUGGAAGGAGGCAGCUUUUUGGGAUUUGAACAAGGUGUGAAUUCUAGAGGAAGUAGCUUAAACGAUAAUGGCAGUUUUGAUGAGAAUAAUGGAUGUGCGCAAGCAUUUCGUGUCCUGAAACAAUUGAUCAAGCGCUUGUUGCAUGAUGCGUGUAAGUCUGGCAAUAUAUAUGCUGAUUCCAUUUUGCAACAUCUGUCUUGGUGGCUCCGCAGCCCUUCCUCAAAGCUUCACGAUCCAGCUCUCCAUCUCAUGCUUCACAAGGUCAUGCAAAAGGUGUUUGCGCUGCUUUUGACUGAUUUGCGGAGGUUAGGUGCUAUAAUAAUAUACGCAGACUUCUCAAAGGUCAUUAUCGACACAGGGAAAUUUGAUCUAUCUGCUGCUAAGACUUAUUGUGAAAGCUUGCUCACAGUGAUGGGGAGUAGAGAUAUCUUUAAGUGGAUCUUGCUUGAGCCGGUUCACUACUGGCACUCGUUACUUUUCAUGGACCAGCAUAACUAUGCUGGUAUCCGAGCUACCGAAGAUGAAAUUUCAGGUGAUGAAGUGACUAUUGAACCAAAGUGGAGCGUUGCACGGCAUUUACCCGAGUAUAUUCAGAAGGAUUUCAUCAUAAUUGUUGCCACGUUUAUAUUUGGCCCCUGGAAAUUUGCAUUAGAGAAAAAGUGGGGCAGUGCAGAGAGUUUAGAGGCAGAUAUGGUAGAAUAUCUCAAGGAACAGAUAGGAACCCGGUUCAUAAGCAUGAUUGUUGAGAAGAUUGGUAAUAUCAGGUCACACAUGAUGGAUAUAAACGUGUCAGAUGCAUCUUGGGCUUCUGGUCAAGCUCCCAAAGGAGAUUACACGUUCGAAUUUAUACAAAUUAUUACUGCUGUUCUGGCUCUUGAUCAAAACGUUCAGCAAGAUGUUCUGGUAAUGAGAAAGAGUCUGUUGAAGUACAUUAAAGUAAAAGAAUGUGCUGCUGAAGCCGGAUUUAUUGAUCCUGGGCCAUCCUUCAUCUUACCCAACGUGGCUUGCAGCAACUGCGGUGCCUACAGAGACCUAGAUUUCUGCAGAGACCCAGCUCUAUUAACAGAAAAAGAAUGGUCAUGUGCGGAUCCGCAGUGUGGGAAGAUAUAUGACAAAGAGCAGAUGGAGAAUAGCCUUGUCCAGAUGGUGAGACAGAGGGAGAGAAUGUACCAGUUGCAGGAUCUAGUGUGCAAUAGGUGCAAUCAGGUGAAAGCCGCUCAUUUGACAGAGCAGUGUGAGUGUUCUGGAUCCUUUAGAUGCAAGGAGAGUGGUUCAGAUUUCCACAAGAGGAUGGAGAUUUUCUUGGAUAUAGCAAAGCGCCUGAAGUUUAGACUGCUAGAAGAAUGCAUCUCCUGGAUUUUAUUUGCCACCAGCUGUUGACAAAACAAUAACAUUAGUGUGUAUUAAUAAUAUUUAAAUGGAAACUUCUGACAUAAGUUAACAAAGCCGGGCACGGCUUUCUCUCUCUAAAAAUCUUUCAAAGAGAGAGAAAGCUUUUUCAUCGUUAGUUUUGCCGUCUGGAUCCAUUUCCAGCUUUCCUUCUAGCAUCAUCUGAUUUCUAUAUCGGUGGUGGCUGGCUAUAUGACCGGCUUAUAUAGCGGCGUUGGCUGGCUUUUGGUUAUUAUGGCGUUAUCUCUCCGUGUUUCAAUAAUCUCAUUGGUUAUGUGUUGGCGGAGGCGUUUUAGGCGAUUAGUCGCUUAACGGUGUUUCUUUUCCGGCUCUUUCCUUUGAUCUACCGGUUUACAGAAACUCAUCAGAGUUUGGUAACUAAAGUUGAAGAAAAGAAGAAUUUUCCGUCGCUUAUUUUAAUUUGCCUUUAGCUGUUAAUUUUCUGGAGCUUCGAUUGGUUUAGCAAAAACUUGUGAAUUAAUCAGAUUUAGUUUUCUCUUUAUCCGUUUUCGUAGGAUCUCAAUUAACUUUUUGAGGUUUUUGGCGGAAAAGUUUAAUCGAUCUGUAUUAUAUCUUUCCAUCUAUUGUGUAGUUAACGGUGAAGAAACAAAAGAAUCAAAGUUCGAUAUAUUCGGCGA